AUGGGUGUAAGCAAGUUAGAUAUUCUGUACCGGAGACUUCUCCUCACAAAACUUUUCAUCAGAGGAUGGGGAAGGCCAGAAGAUCUCAAGAGACUCUUUGAAUUCAGAAAGAUGAUUGGAAAUCGAGAAAGGUGCCAGAAUCUGGUUUCACGCGACUAUCCGGUACACAUUGAUAAGGUUGAAGAGCAGUCAGAUUGUAAGAUCCUAGAUGGACACUUUGUUUCUCCCAUGGCCCACUAUGUGCCUGGUAUCAUGCCAGUUGAAUCCGUUAUUGCAAGGUUCCAAUUUAUUGUGCCUAAGGAAUGGAACAGCAGAUACAGACCUGUGUGCAUUCAUCUGGCUGGAACAGGAGACCAUCAUUACUGGAGGCGCAGAACUCUCAUGGCUCGUCCUAUGAUUAAGGAGGCCCGAAUGGCUUCAUUGUUGCUAGAAAACCCUUAUUAUGGCUGCAGGAAGCCCAAGGACCAAGUAAGAUCCAGCUUAAAAAAUGUGUCUGACCUAUUUGUGAUGGGAGGCGCUCUUAUUCUGGAGUCUGCAGCUCUCUUGCACUGGCUAGAGAGGGAAGGUUAUGGACCUCUUGGGAUGACUGGAAUAUCCAUGGGAGGACAUAUGGCCUCCUUAGCAGUAUCCAACUGGCCCAAGCCCAUGCCAUUAAUUCCAUGCCUGUCUUGGUCCACAGCAUCUGGGGUCUUCACUACGGGUGUAUUGAGUAAAUCAAUUAAUUGGCGGGAGCUGGAAAAGCAGUAUUAUACACAGACAGUUUAUGAAGAAGAAAUUAUUCAUAUGCUUGAAUACUGUGGGACGGAUUCUUUCAAAAUGGGACAUGAGUUCAUGAAACACUUCCCUAGCAGUGCAGACAAGCUGACUAACCUGAAUCUGGUUUCUAGAAUGUUAAAUUUAGAUAUGACAGACCAAGUUGUGUCCCCAAAGCAUGCUGAGUGCCAAAAUUCUGGUAAAACAUCUAUCAGUACUACUUCAAAAGGACGCUUGUUGCAAGAUACUGCUAAGAUGGAAUGCCUGAAUCAAACACUCUCAACUAACAAAAGUCGUUAUGCAAGUUACAACCCUCAGUCAUUUCACCUGCUCAGCAGAGAACAAAAAAGAAGCAAUCUUCAAAAAGAAUCUCUAAUAUUCAUGAAAGGAGUCAUGGAUGAAUGCACUCAUGUAGCAAACUUCUCAGUUCCAGUUGACCCAAGCCUCAUCAUAGUGGUACAAGCCAAAGAGGAUGCCUAUAUUCCACGCACAGGAGUUCGAAGCCUACAAGAAAUUUGGCCUGGUUGUGAAAUCCGGUACUUAGAAGGGGGUCAUAUCAGUGCUUAUCUCUUUAAACAAGGACUCUUCAGACAAGCCAUCUAUGAUGCCUUUGAACGUUUCCUUCAUAAAUAUGCUAACUAAUUGGAUCGAUGUGUAACAUCCUGUUUCCUACUAAAAGAGUUCAUCCUGUGAUGAUGUGAAAGAUAAGCAGACAGCCCUGCUUACCUGACCGCUGCCAUGUAGUCUGUAUGCCAGUGUUAUGGGUCAGUUACCAACUGUGGAUGCAUUUCAGUAAUGUAAAAGCAGUACUUGAAUCAUAUAAUCCUGAAGUAUUUGUUACUCUUUUGAAAAUCUAAUAUAUCCAAUAUGAUAUCUGUUGUUAUUAUUUAUAAAAACAUUUUAAUUAUGAAUAAUUUAUUGAUUCAGAAUAAAUAGAAACCCUAUUGGUUUUUAAUAGAAUUGUUGAAACUAAGAUUAUAACAUCAUAUGUACUGUAUACUAUUAUAUGGCAUUUGUGAUAUUAACUUGAUUUUAAAAA